ACCCAUCUAGACAGCGGGGAAGUCUUGGAGAACACACCCAUGCAUGGGAGGAGGCGGGGCUCAGUCUUUCAGUCCGCUUUGCAGCACCCCGGCUUGUAAACGCGCUGCGUCCUUUGACCCCGGCGCCACGCCGUAGGCCGCGCUGCACGCCCGGCGGCCGCGAUGGCGGAUGUGUCGGAGAGGACGCUGCAGGUGUCGGUGCUGCUGGCCUUCGCCUCCGGAGUGCUCGUGGGCUGGCAAGCGAGCCGGUUACGGAGGCGCUACCUGGACUGGAGGAAACGAAGACUGCAGGACAAGCUGGCCACGACGCAGAAGAAGCUGGACCUGGCCUGAGAGUCGGCGCCGUGGGUCCCGGCCUCGCGAUGCUGGUGCGCAAGCCCCGUUCCCGGGCGGGUCUGAGCCGGGCUCGCCUCACCUCGCCCUCUCCCAGCCGGAGCGCGGGUGAGCGCUUGUUGAUGAUGGAUGUAAAACACUGAAAGAAAGAAUUUCUUACUGUACUAUAUGAAGUCUAUUUUUAAAAUAAAAAAUUUUGAACAUC